GGCGUCCAAGAACCUGGAGGAGACGGAGUGGCGCGGAGCGGUGCGCAGCGAUGGGGCCGUGCGGGGCCCUGGGUCUGGGGCUGCUGCUGCUCGGCGCCGCGUGCGGGGCGGCGGGCGAGCCGCACUCCCUGCGGUACUUCCACACCGCGAUGGAGGAUCCCGGCCCUGGGAUGCCCUGGUUCGUGUCUGUGGGGUACGUGGACGGCGAGAUCUUCAUGCACUAUGACAGCACCGCGCGGAGGUACGUGCCCCGCAAAGAGUGGGUGAAGGCAGCUGGAGCUGUGGAUCCCGAGUACUGGGAGAGGAACACACAGAUCGCACAGAGCAAUGAGCAGACUAACCGCUGGAACCUGAACAUACUGCAGGAACGCUUCAACCAGAGCGGCGGGUCUCACACAGUGCAGCAGAUGUACGGUUGUGACAUUUUUGAGGAUGGCACCACCCGGGGGUAUAAUCAGCAUGCCUAUGAUGGGAGAGACUUCAUUGCCUUCGACAAAGACACGAAGACGUUCACUGCGUCAGUUCCAGAGGCAGUUCCCACCAAGAGGACAUGGGAGGCAGAUCCAACUUAUGUUGAUGGACAGAAGCAUUACCUGGAGGAAACCUGUGUGCAGUGGCUGCAGAGACAUGUGGAGCACGGGAAGGCAGAGCUGGGCAGGAGAGAGCGGCCCGAGGUGCGAGUGCGGGGGAAGGAGGCCGAUGGGGUGCUGACCUUGUCCUGCCGCGCUCACGGCUUCUACCCGCGGCCCAUCGCCGUCGAGUGGAUGAAGGACGGCAUGCUGCAGCACCAGGACACCCACACGGGGGGCGUCGCGCCCAACAGCGAUGGCACCUAUCACACCUGGGUCACCAUCGAUGCACGGCCGGAGGACAGGGACAAGUACCAGUGCCGCGUGCAGCAUGCCAGCCUGCAGCAGCCCGGCCUCUACUCGUGGGAGCCGUCAGAGUCCAACCUGGUCCCCAUCGUGGUGGGGGUGAUUGUUGCCAUUGUGGCCAUGGCCAUCGUGGCUGGUGUUGGAUUUGCCAUCUACAGAAGCCAUGCAGGGAAGAAAAAGAAGGGCUACAGCAUUGCUGCUGACCAGGGCCUUGGACAUAGAGGCUCGAGCACAGGGAGCGACCGCCCUGUCAUCUGAGUGCUGUGCUUCAGCCUGCAAGGGGAAGGCUGUCCCCACCAGCGUUUGGGUUGGUGAUGGACACAGCCCCAUCCUCUCAAUCUCACACAUCCCCCUCUGCUUUCAGUGCUGACUGUUAGCUUUGCUUGCACUGCUUCCUAUGAAAUAAACUGACGAGCGUUCUGUGCUCAGCUUGCCUGCCGUGUGCUCCAUGUUGUGGUUGGGGAUGGGGUGGUGAGAGGGCUGUGUCCUGGUUUGGCUGCUCAGGGUGCUGAGUACCUGCUGCCCUGCUGCUUUGCUCCGCCUGCUGCUCACUCCCCCCAUAUUUCCCCCCCCCUCCAUUACCUCGCCUCUGUGACCCCAUGCUGAUGGCUGCCUGCUCCCUGUCCUGGAUGAGCUCUGGUUUUCCCAAUGCCAUCCCUGUGUGCUGGGAUCUCCUUGCUCCUCCUCCCUGCUGUCCCUGCAUCUAUUCCCCCUGUGCCCCCAGCUGGGUGUCCUGCAGCACUUCCUCCCUGCCCCCAUCCUGCUUCCUCUCUAAUCCUCACCCUUGCCCACUCCACAUCCCUCAUCCCUCCCUUCCCCAAGCUCUCAUGUCCCUGCUGUGCCUCCUCCCCCUGCGGCUCUGUGUCCCCCAGCAUUGUGCCCUACGCUGAAAUAAAUAUGAUUGUUCUGCUGCC